UUGGUUAUUUUUCAGGCAGUUUUUCAAUAUUUCGCUCCAGUAACUGAAGAGGAAGCAGGAAGCCAUUUAGCUCAAGAACAAUGCGUGUGUGUUGGCUAGUGAGCAAGGAUAGAAGCUGUCAACGAAUUAAAUUGCCGCACUUAGAAAUGGUGGUAAUAGGGCGCGGCCCUGAAACAGAGAUAACAGACAAGAAAUGUUCACGAAGACAAGUACAGCUAAAAGCAGACUGCAACAAAGGUUAUGUCACAGUUAAACAGAUAGGGGUCAACCCAACCAGUAUUGAUCUAGUGGAUGUUGGCAAAGACCAGGAAAUUAAACUGAAGCCAGGACAAGUUCUCCAUCUCGUCAAUAAAUUCUACCCAUACACUAUCCAGUUCUCAGAAGAGAUGGGAACAUGUCUUGGUCGGGAAGCAGCAGAAGUGAAAGGUGUGAAGAGGCCACAAGAGGAGUCCGAAAAUAGCAAUGUGGAAAGCAAUUCCUCAGGAAAACAAGCCAAAAUGGAGCAACAAGGCUGUGGCUCAUGUUCCAAGAUAAACAAUGACAAUAGUUCUGUUUCAUCUAAUGAAAACAUUUCUAGCAAAAAGGAAUAUUCAGAAUACUGGGCUCAAGGUCUGAAGGCUUCCAUGAAAAAUCCUAAUAUGCAGGUGUACAAGGAUGAAAAGGCAGUUGUUAUAAAGGAUAAAUAUCCAAAGGCUCGUUUUCACUGGCUAGUGCUACCAUGGCAUUCCAUCCCUACCUUAAGUGCCGUAACUCAGGAGCACCUUGAACUCUUGGAACACAUGCACACUGUUGGAGAAAAGAUAAUCGAGCAGUGUCCUGAGAAAGAUCAGCUGCGCUUUAGACUGGGCUACCAUGCUAUUCCUAGCAUGAGCCACCUCCAUCUUCAUGUUAUCAGCCAGGAUUUUGAUUCUGAAUGCUUCAAAACCAAGAAGCACUGGAAUUCCUUUACCACAGAAUACUUCAUAGAUUCCAAAGAUGUAAUUAAGAUGGUGAAGACGAAAAGAAGAGUAAUUGUAGAUAAGAAUGCAUCCGCACUCUUGAAACUACCUCUGAAGUGUCAUGUAUGCAAACAACAGCUUCCAACUAUCCCUCAGUUAAAGGAACAUCUUAAGGAACAUUGGCCAAAAUGAUCUGUCCUAAUCUAUUCCUUUGUUCAAACAUUAACCUUAUUACACUGUCUUAUUAAAUACACCAAAAUGUGAGUGUUGCUAUAACAUCCAGCUUAGUGUGACAAACUGCAGGUGGUUGUUUUUCAGGUGGACAUAGGCAGGGUGAGUGUAGAAGGACUUAUUGUGCAAGAGGCAAUGCUUUAUCUUUUGCAUCUGUAAACCUUCACCUCUAACACUCUGGUGUACUGUUGGCAUAAAUAAGCCAUUUCAUAUUUAGUGGGCUAACUGAAAUGCAGUCUGGGUUUAAAUUUGUCCAUUUGGCAUUCUCUGUUUAUUUUUGGUUACCCAAUAGCAAGUUGGUAUUCGAUUUGCUGCAUGUAUUUGCAGGAGUAAACAGAUUGUAUUUUGCCUGAAAUCUGUCAGAUUGAAAUAUUAGUAUUAGAAAUAUUUAGUAUCCCCUUCUGCAAUUCAGAUUUGAUCCGUGGCUUUAUUUCUGUACCUGUUUCAAAGCAGCCACUAUGAAUGUGAGACACAUAAUGAUUUCUGACUUAAGAUCUUGGCUAAAGCUUGGAUGCCAGUUCAUAUCCUACACCUAUCGUACUUGGUGUGAGUUUGUGCUGAAUAAAUGGUAAUGGGGUGUCUGAGUGGGGCCUCUUGAAUGCUAUUUAAAUUUUAUCAUCAUAGGUUAUUGGGUGCUGUUUUGAGUUUAAACUUUGUUUUAUAUGUUAUUGGUUUUAUCUUGUAUUGUGUGUUUAUUUUAUGUGUUAUUUUAGGCACAUUCUGCCAUAUGUAAGCUGCCCCAAGCCCCUUCAGGGAGAUGGAGGAGGGGUACAAAAAUAAAGUUAUUUAAAUAAAGUUAUUCUUCCACGGAAGUUCAAGAUGCCACAGAAAA